CCGCUGUUAGCUGUCAUAUUGGCAUCUAGCGUAUAUUGAUGACCAGGUGAUCAGAAGUAAGGGUUUAAGCCAAGCGAGAGCAUGAUGAAAAAGUAUAAGAACGCACUAACCGACAUCCGCCAACGCCGGAGGACUACGGAUGGGUCGAUUAGAGUGAGCCUCAGAGCUAGCGCUGGUACUAGCAUCAGGUUGUUAAUCUAUAGGUGCUGUGGUAUAGAUGGCGCGGCUCAUAUCUAACCUUGUCAUCUGGAUGUCGUUAUUAGUGCUGUCAGAGCAUUGUUUGCAGUGCACCACAAACUCCAUGUCCUAAGAUACACUAGUCCUCAAAGUGCCCUUUUGGUGCCAUGCUUGCUGCCAUUAUGAGGCUGCCAGCUGCCACUGCAAGAGCUACGUGCAGCUAUGCACCAUGUCAGGUACACACUCAUUGGUUCUCAUCACUGGUGCAAACCAAGGCAUCGGCUUCGAAACUGCCAAAAAUCUCAUCCUUUCGGACAAUUACCAUGUCAUCCUGGGAUCUCGAGACCCGGUCAAAGGUGAAGAAGCAGCCAAAACUCUGCAGGCCAUCCCCGGUAUCAAGGGCAGCGUGUCGUCAAUCCAGAUCGACGUAACAGACGACAAGUCCGUGGAUGACGCCGCUGCGCAGAUCAAUUCGCAGUAUGGACGGCUUGACAUCUUGGUCAACAACGCCGCCAUGAACUCUAUGGAGGAACCUCCCACCCGGGAGACCAUGCGCAAGGUCCUAGAUGUGAACGUCGUCGGCGCACUCAGCACCACGGAAGCUUUUCUCGACUUGCUUCGGAAUUCAUCUGAGAAACGGCUCGUAUUUGUAUCAUCAAGCACAGGCUCCAUCGCCCAGGCAGCAGACCCAAAGUCCCCUUUCCAUCGAUCUGGUGCUACCGAGUACCGGGCCAGCAAGGCGGCACUGAACAUGAUGAUGGUCCUAUACCAGUGUCGACUCGAGAACGAGGGGUUCAAGGUCUUUGGAGCCGACCCAGGACUAUGUGCCACCAAUCUCACUGGCGACCCCGAAUCUCUGCGCCGCAGAAACGCAGCCGAGCCAUCUGAUGGCGGAGAGCGUGUAGCAACGGUGGUGAAAGGGGAGAAAGAUGCCGAUGUCGGGAGGGUGUUGGGCGUCUAUGGUGUAUCACCAUUUUGAAAUUAUGUACAUAGUGACCAGAUGCUGUGUG